ACUGUUUUGAGUCGGAUGAGUUACGCAGACACUCUAGGAGAAAGCAAAGAGAAUGACAUUAGCGAGUACGAAUUGAAGCGACAAAGAAACAUCUUGGACAACCAAAGUCUGUUGAAGGAUUUGGGCCUAAUUGAUGCCAUCCGAAAAAGAGAACUCGUACAAGAGAUCGAUGUUUCUAUACAGAGAGACCGGAAAUAUGGGGGAAAGAAGAUGAAAGCAGUGCAUUACAAGUCCAAAGUCAAAGAAAUUAACGUCACUCCACGUGUAUCACGGCGACUACUAGGCCAGGCACCAGAAGACAUUAGCGAUUUAGAAAGUCUUCUCGACGACAACGAUCGAUUGCGAAAUGUUGAUGUUCCUGAAAGGAGAGUAAUUGUAGAUGCAACUACCGGCGUUUGGCGAGGAAAAAAGCAGCACACUGGGUAUUUGGCAGAAAUCCCAGUUCCCAAAUGCGUAUCUACGCCAGUAACACUUGCUUCCAUAGGAACCACGAUAUGGGAGUUAGGUGAGCUGGAGACUGGAGAACAAAGGAGAAAAUAUUGGAGUGGCCGAGGGUGUAUGUUUCGACAUCCAUACCCCAUUGGAUACAAAGCCUCCAAACUUGCAUUUGACGAAGUAUACACCAUGACCAUAUCUAAAGGCGAGACUGGUCCAAUAUUUACGGUGGAAGGUGAAAGGUCAGGAAAGGUUUUCAAAGGAGCGACUCCAACAGCCCCUUGGACAGAGGCUUGCAAACGAAGCAAAUCUCAGGGUACUCGCGUUAGUGGCCCUCUGGUAAUGUAUCCCAUUGUCUCUUACCCACCUCUAUAAAUAUUCCUCACUCAUUCCAAAUGCACAGUUUUACGGAUUUUCAGAUGCAAUUACGAUGAAAUUAUUAGAGGAAAUGGAAGGAUAUGAAGAGGCAAGUCGACCGGAGCCGGUGGAGGAGGAAGAGGAAGACACAUCAAACGAUACCACAACCUCUUGAUACACUU